ACUCAUUUCCCCCUGGGAGCUCACCCUUCGCAGACCAGCCCGGGCCUGGCUGCUGAGACCGAGCAGAGAAAGUCCCUGUCCCAGUGCGUGCUGCCGUCGCUGUUGCAGAGCCCUGGCCAUGGCUUGCUCCAGCUCCUCCCGGCCUCCCCUGGGACGGGGAACGGAAACAGGGGCAAUGGAGCCAGCUCAGGGGCCGGUGACCUUCGAGGAGGUGGCUGUGUAUUUCACCAGGGAAGAGGGGGCUCUGCUGGACCCCGCUCAGAGAGCCCUCUACAGACACGUCAUGCAGGAGAAUUAUGAGACUGUGACCUCGCUGGGGUUUCCAGUUUCCAAACCUGAUGUGAUUUCCCAGCUGGAACAAGGGGAAGAGCCCUGGGUCCUAGAUAUCCAGAACUCAGAAACCCAAAGGAUCCUGAGAGGUGCCUGCCCAGCAGGUGGUCGGACGGUGAGUGAGAACGGGAAGCAGAAUCUUCAGCAGACGGAUGCUGAGCAAGUGGAACCACACAGGAUGGUAUUGCAACGAGCCAAAGGGAAUGUGCCCAGAGGUCUUGAGCAAGGUCAAUCUUGUGAGAGUCAGCCCAGGCCAGCAAGGCAGCAGCUAGAGCAGCCAGGGGAGAAAGCGGGUAAAUCCGUUAAUUGUCGGGCAAUUCACAAAGACCUCAAGGGAACCGCAGGCCAGCACAGAAUCCACACCGGCGAGAGAAACACCUGCGCUGAGUGUGGGAAAAACUUCCGUAGACAUUCGACCCUUAUUAGACAUCAGAAAAUCCACACCAGAGAGCGACCCUAUAAGUGCCGUGAGUGCGGGAAAACCUUCGUGCGGCGCCCACACCUCAUUAGACAUAAAAUAAUCCACACAUGGAAGAGACCCUAUGAAUGCUGUGAGUGCAAGAAAAGCUUCAGCCAGAACUCAAACAUUAUUAGUCACAUACUGGUCCCAGUAUAUACCCCAGUGCUGGUCCCAGUGCUGGUCCCAGGGCUGGUCCCAGUAAGACCCCUCUAUUGGUCCCAGUAAGACCCCCAGACUGGUAACAGUUAGACCCCAAUACUGGUCCCAGCAAGAUGCCCAUACUCGUCCCAGUACAUGCUGUGACACAUUGGGAAUGUUCUUAAUGUUUUCUCAGACUACUGUGUGUGUGCCUCAGUUUCCCCUAUGCGUCACUCAAGUAUUUGGGUGGCGGUGUAAGAAUGUAUGAUCAUGGCAGCGACCCCAGAGGGCAGGUGUGACUGGCUGCCUGGGACAGAGAACGGCCAGCGCUCUGUAGCCUGGCAACUGAUAGCCAGGCCCCAACCGCUGCAAGGCACAGGAGAACCGGGUGGGUGGGGAUGGGGCAGGGCAAGCCCCUGUGCCCCAACUCCAUUUCCCUGGCAGGAGCACUGGGGGAUGGAAAGAGGGGGGGACUGCAGGCAGAAGGGGUGGGGAAAGGCCCCCACUUGCUCUGGCCCAGGGCCCCACAAACCCCUAAUUCUCCUCUGGGAAGAAUAAGCUACAAGCGGCCUGGGACGGGCCCUUUAAGGUCGUCAAACAGUUAAAUGAGGAGAACUAUGUAGUAAAACGGUCCAGCUGGGCUCACAGCCUCUGAGUGGACCACCUCACCAUGAUGGAGCCGUACUGUGACAGAGAGUAGGAACGUCUGGCCAUGGGGUGGGCUCUUAAAAAAAGUGCAGCCGUUAUCUAUUUGGGCGGCGCUUUACUGUGUACAUGGACCACUUGCCUCGGAUGUGGUUGCACCAAAUGAAAGGGGCCAAUGCCAAGCUGCUGAGAUGGAGUCUGGCCCUCCAGGAUUACGAGAGGGAGGUGGCCCAUGUUAAGGGGAGGGCCAAUGUUCUAGCCGAUGCUUUGUCAUAGAGAGGGGGGCCUGACCUUCCCCAGGUCACCGGUUAAGUGACCCCACUCAGUUUGGUCUCAAAGGCGGGGAGAGAUAUGACAAAGUGGGAAUGUUCUUAAUGUUUUUUCUGACUCCUGUGUAUAUGUGCCUCAGUAUCCCUAUGUAUUUAGGUGGUGGGGUAAGAGUGUGUGAUCAUUGCAGCGACCUUUAGAAGGGAGGUGUGACUCUCUGUCUGGGGCAGAGACUGGCCAACGCUCUGUAGCCUGGCAACUGGUGGCCAGGCCCCAAUCUCUGCAAGAAUCAGCCAGUGGUGUUAAUUAUGCAGUCGAGUUUCCCGCAUUUGGGGAAAUCGCAGGGGUCAGCACAGCCGCUGUGCAAUGGACGAACCUCACCCUGGGAAAACCACCUUGAUGAGCCUAGGUUUCAGAGUGGUAGCCAUGUUAGUCUGUAUCAGCAAAAAGAACAGGAGGACUUGUGGCACCUUAGAGACUAACACAUUUAUUUGAGCAUAAGCUUUUGUGGGCUAAAACCCACUUCAUC